GUGUGAUACAAUGAGGUCAAAGGUUGGUGGCUAAUAUCGGGCACGCAAAGUGACACUCAACAAACACACGUCAAAGUCCACACGGCGUUUUCCACAGCGUUACAGCCAUGUCCUGGUCGCAAAGGGACUGAGAACUCACGACAGAGAACCCCCUUGAAUCAGAAAGACCCAGAAAGGUCUUCAAGUAAGUAGGAGUGGAUGGCAGUGGUCCUGAGGAAGUGCAAAAGAAAUGGCGUCAAAUUGGUCCAGCAAACAUGUUCUAUCGGCUUCCUUAAGAAGAGACUCCCGAUCGUGGAAUGGCUGCCCAGGUACAAUCUGGAGAAGUUCCAGGGUGAUCUGAUCGCAGGUUUGACGGUUGGUUUGACAGUAAUCCCCCAGGGGUUGGCGUAUGCUGCAGUCGCAGAGCUACCACUUCAGUAUGGUCUGUAUUCAGCCUUUAUGGGCUGUUUUAUCUACUGCCUGUUUGGCACAUCGAAGGACGUCACACUGGGACCAACGGCCAUCAUAUCACUGAUGACGGCCGAGUACGCAAAGGGAGAACCCACGCUCGCUAUCGCUCUCUGCCUCUGUGCAGGACUUGUACAGUUUGCCAUGGGUGUCUUACAGUUAGGUUUUUUAGUGAAUUUUAUGGCAUUUCCGGUCAUCUCAGGGUAUAUGUCAGCUGCAGCUUUAAUCAUUGGGUGUGGUCAGCUGAAGCUAAUCUUUGGACUUAAAGAUGUUCGGAGAGACUUCAUCUGGAACAUCUAUGACACAUUCAGGAAACUGCCAGAAACAAAUCACUGGGACCUGACUCUGGGAGUUAUAUCUUUUGUCAUACUGUUAAUAAUGAAGUGGUUAAAGGACAGGGACUGGGACAAAAACAGGGACCCUUUCACACCCCUCACCACAAGACAGAGGGUUGGGAGGAAGGCUGUAUGGGUCAUAGGAACCGGAAGGAAUGCUCUUAUUGUAAUUGCGACGACAAUCCUUGCUGGAGUUCUAUUCAGCAACAACAUUAAACCCUUCACGAUGACCAAAGACGUGCCACCAGGGUUCCCUGAUGUGGGGCCCCCUAGCUUCUCCUACCAGCAUAACAACCGUACUGUGGAAGGGGAAGAGUUUUUAAGUCAUUUAGGAGCCGGGAUUGCAGUCUUACCUCUCAUUGCAAUACUUGAGACCAUUGCGUAUGGUAAAGCCUUUGCUAGUAGGAACAAAUACAGAAUAGAUCCUACGCAAGAACUCUUAGCACUUGGCAUGUCCAACAUAGUGAGUUCGUUCUUCGGAUCAUACCCCAUGUCCUGUAGCGCCUCCAGAACAGCUAUCAACUCCACCAGUGGGGUUAGGACUCCGUUAGGCGGCAUUUUUGCAGGGUUGCUGGUGAUCCUAGCCCUUGCGUUCAUCAUGCCGUAUUUCCGGUACAUCCCCAGUGCAGUGCUGGGAGCAGUCAUCAUUGCCUCAGUUAUCAACAUGUUUGAGUAUCAGGCCAUCCCCAAACAGUGGAGGAUACACAAACAAGACUUGUUGGUGUGGAUGGCGUGCUUCUUAUGUGUGUUGCUUCUGGGAAUUCAGUUUGGCAUCCUUGUUGGAGUGGGCCUUGGGCUGAUUUUUGAGUUGUAUGGAUUAGCUAAACCUGGCACAAAGGUUGACAUCAUUGACUGCUGCCCAAAAAUUGCUGUGAUGAGGUUUGAAAAGGGUCUGUCCUUCCCUGCAUCAGACUUUAUUGUCACCACCAUCCACAAUGCUGGCUUGGAUGAGCCGCCCUACAAACCUGUCAUUCUAGACUUCACCCAUGUGUCACAUCUAGACUUCAGUGUCAUCAGGGCACUCUCCAUAUCUGUUGAAGAGUACGCCACAAACAACACACCCUUAUACUUCGCCUGUGUCAGUAGGAGUUUGGAAAUGAAGCUGAAAAAGGCCAUUAAGGACCUCCAGUGUUUCCCUACAGUCCAGCUGGCUACAGAAGCAAUUCUUGAUGAAGGCGUACAUGGGUGUAUAGGCAUGGGUUUCACCGAGGGGCAAAACCGGGGAACCCGGAGAAUAACCCCCGGUACAGGUGCCUCAACAGAAGACGGAGACGUCCACCAGCCCAUCCUGAUGACAGAACUGUCCUCAGACCAUCUGGACGUCUCCAGUGACACGGGCGAGGUUCUACAGAACAAUAUAUCCUCCUCAGGUAGAGACAAUCAUGAGACAGCUGUCUAGUCAACAUCCGGGAGUUACCAUCACCCCAUCCUGUCCUGCCAGACAUGCAACUUGUAUUACCUCAUACGAAAUAGCAAGCAUUGGCCCUGGCCUCUCAACCUGUCAUUCUGACAGCAUUAGUGCAGGCCAACUAUCAGCCAAUCAGACACUUUACUCAGAUUUUGUUCCUGGGGAAAAUUACCAGCCAAUCGUGCUGUCUGUUAGUCUCAGGUGGCAAAGUGAUUGGCUGGUAACUUAUCAGUGGAUUACAGCUGAGAGGGGUGGAUUUCAGAUUGAUAUGCCUAGGCCGAUGCUUGCUAUCAAAUGUGUAUUGUGUAAUACAAGAUGUUCAGGAUGGCAAAAAAAAAUUCUUGUAGUACACGAGCCUAUUAUGUGAUCAUGACAAUGGUAUCGUUUGAUUAAAACUAGUUUUGUGAAAACAGGAAAGCCAUAAAAAUGCAGCAAUAUUUCAGAAGAGGGUGCAUUUACCUCACCAUGCUACAAAAAUGAGCACAAUUGAAUAUCAUCUUAAUUUAUCAUAACCAAUACUGAGACUGAGCAAAUUAUUCAGUCUUUUUCCAGCAGGGUAAAAGGGGCGUGUGCAACAAAAGAAGAGAGUUUUCUGACUGUCUGCUUGCAGCUUUGGCAGUCACUGCCAGUCAGGAACAUUGAUUACUCACAACAAUGUUUUGAAUUAAUGAUAAUGGUGCCUUAGCUACUGCUGCUAGCAAUGGUGUAAUUCUGUGAAGGUGUUUCAACUCUUCAUGAGUUCUGAAGGCAAUCCAUUGGGGAUGUAUCAUGGCCGGUAACAAAGAAAGAUUUGUGUCAUCUGUAAAGUUGAAGACACAACCACCAUAAGACUGGUGUAGUCCUUGUGUAGAAAGAACAAUGGGAUUUAGUGAUGAUAAUAAUCCAUGAGCAGGAAAGAAAGAUGAUUGUGGUGCAUGUGUCAAAUAGCACAGUAGUGGAAUCCCCCAGUAGGAGUUGUUUGGAAAAAAAUAUGAUCAGAACAGUAUGUGUUCCAGAAUUGAGGACAAGGGUUUUGUAGUGGAUUGAUGCCUUGUAAAAUGAGCACUUUUCUGUGUCCACUAAGAAGCAAAUAGCAAAUAUCUAUGAGACAAAAUAUACUUUGCUACUUUCUAUAAAUCAUAGUAUUUUGCUAAUCAAGAUCAAGAUAUCUUUUAUGAGUACCUAACCAUUAUGUAAAUAUGAUGUUUCUUGUCAGAUUUAGCUGUAUAUGAAAAAUGCUAAUUCUUAAUAGGGAAAUCUAUUGAUCAAAUAGGUCCUAUGGACUGCUUGUCACCAUAGCAAGGUGAAGAUUACAACACUGUAGUGUUUGAUCGGUUGCUUGAUUGUUCAUUCAUGUGACUUUGUGAUAUUUUAUGUCAUAUCCAAUUACUACAGCUAAAGCCGCACACUACAUUUGUACUGUACUUAACCCAAGUUCCCCUUAGGAAUCAUAAUGAUUUUAGUUUUGUUUGACUCUUUUUUUGUGAAAAAGACAAACAUGAAAUUCAACAACAGUUUUGGGUUUGGUAUGUCUGUAUAGUGGUUUGUCCAGGAAUGUAGGUCAAGGUAUUUUAGUAGGUUAUGCCAUCAGCCAACAAAUGGUAACACACCAGGAGUGUGUGGCAACGCACCCUAAUAGUCGAUUUGAGCCAAAGCAAUCUGCACAAAUACAUUACAUGGCACAUGGUAAAAGCAAGUACUAUAGAAAAACCAACCCAAAUAACACAUGACAAACCUCAAGUUACUUCCAUAAAAAAUGGUCUGGAUGAUGUGUGGGGUAUACUUCAAGAUCCCCUGGAUGGAUUGCGAUGGUACAUGUAUUUUGCAGGUGUGUAGGUUGAUUUUGGGCACCUGGUGAUUGAACUUUGUUCUGCAGUAGGAAAUUUUGAAAAUAUCAUUGGGCCUGGAUGUUCUGUGCAUCUGUAGUUGUUGCAAUAUUAAGGGUUUAGUGCUGCUGCCUACCCCUGUGUCAGGGACACCGGCAACAGUAUCUUUUCUUGUUCGUCCCUGGUGGUCGAGGAUGACCAAUGGCCUUGGCUCAUCACUGUCUCAGUUGAUGGGUCUGGAGGUGGUAUAGUCAAAGCUUUGAUAGUGAGUGAGUGGUGUAAAUUUUGGCCCCCUAGCUGUUUGAUGUGGCCUUUUGGUGUUUUUGUUUGGUCAGUGGGUAGGCACGUGAGCCUUUGUGUUUUAGCAUGCAUUAGCAGGUUCUUGUAGAUCUACAUUUAAAAAAAAAAUCUUACACCCCUUUUUCUGACGGAUUGAUGUAGUAUUAGUUGGAUUGCAGGUCACUGAAAUGGAAAUGGUGUCUGUUGUAUCAAGUUUCAUAGCUGUAACGUCUGUGCUGUGGUAAGGCUUUAAUAUGGGUUUUAUCUUUCAUUAUGCAGAUGUAGACUUUGCAUUGCCUGUGAACCCAAGAGUUGUCUCUGAUGGUAGGUCAUAGCCUGGACGUGGGUUUGAGUUCAUGUUUGUCUCUUAACUGU